AUGGGGCGCGUCGAGGGCGAAGCUGGCGAGUUCCUGGCAUACACCGCGUGCUUCAUGUAUGCGCGGACGCCCAAGAUGUGCUGGCGAGGGCUCCGCGAUGCGCGCGCAGGGGCCGCCGCCAGCCGAGCUCGCAAGGGUUCGAGGGCACAGGUGCGGAACCGCUGGGCGGAGACGCUCGGGCUGGCGGCGGACGGCGACCUGGCCGAGAGCGCAGUCGCGAGCGCCAGCGCGGUGCAGGACGCCGAGGGCGAGCGGCCUGCCAAGCGCCAGAGGACGGCCACUGCGGCCGCAGGAGGGGGCACAGGCGCCAGCAAUGCCGACGGCGUCCUCAUCCUGCCGCCCGCGGAGUCGGUGGCAGCGACGUACGGCUUUGCCUCGGCCGAGGAGGCGCGAGCCCGCGGGGCGUCGGCGCGCCUGGCGAGGGCGCAGACGAGCGAGACCACCGUCGCCACGGCGGGCCAGGCCUACACCACCACUUCGGCCGUCUUGACGACCGCCUGCGAGCCUGCCUGGUGCCCGUUCAUCCUGUGCGUGGGAUCGGCCAUUUCUGAGUGCCGCUGUUCCUGCGCGACAGCGACCUCGGUGACGACGACCUCAAGCGCGACGACCCAAACGAGCAGCUCCUGCGAGCCCUCCUGGUGCGCCUUCGCUAACUGCCAACUGGCGGCCGCCGUGGAGGAGUGCCUGUGUUCGUGCACUACGGCGACGGCAACCUCGACCUCCACAAUGGUCACCUCCACGACCUGGACGACAAGCGUGUCCGGCACGACAACGCAGUCAGCGACGCUGACCGGCACGAGCUCGACGCUGACUUCCUCGACCCACAGCAGCACGCUGUCCUCGACCACAAGCACGACCAGCACUCCGCGGUACGUCGAUGGGCCGAACGUGGGGAACAACGUGUGGGACACGCUCUGCCAGGGCCCGCCGACGACCCUGGACGGGGCUGCCCUGGCGUGCAACGCUCUGGCGGCCUGCUCCGUCGUGGCGGGCUUCGGCUGCCUCGGAGGCGCCCUCUACAAGGCCUGCGCCGUGCCCCUGGAGGCCCUGCUCAGCGCCAGCACCGGCUCGGAGGCGUGCACCCAGGUGAGGUACACGGCUGGCGCGUUUACGGGCACCAUCACCGAGACGCAAGUUUCGACGAGCACCAUGCAGCCCGUGGUGUACUCCGCGGGUCCGCGCGUGGGCAACAACGUUGUCGUGUCUGUGUGCCAGUCGCUGGAGCUGUCGCGGGAGGCGGCCGAGACCGCCUGCAGCGAGCUUCCGGGCUGCGAGGUCAUCGUCAGCUUCCAGUGCGCCGGGGUGUACUGGUACGUCUGCGACGGCUCCCUGGACGAGGUCCAGGCCCAGAGCGCGGGCACGGAGGCGUGCACGUACGUCGCGGGCUACACCAGCACCACGGUCAGCACCCCGACGAGCACCAGCAGCCGCACGUCCGCCAGCACCUCCACGGCCACGAGCACGGUACCCCUUCAGGACCUGGAGGGCUUGUUCACGGAGUCCCACCAGAGAAAAGCCGAUCGUACCAGGAUAAUGAGCGACUCUCCAGAUCAGGCGAUGCUGUACUGCAGCGGACGAGCCCAGCACCGCAGCCUUGUGCAAGGCGUGAUGGGCUCCAAGCGGUCACGCUCGGCCGACGGCAAGUUAAAGUCCUGCUCCUGCGGCGUGGCCUGCCACAAUCCUGCGAGGCGGGUUGCCUCGGACUGGAGCAACUCUGAAGUGGGCGACUUGAUCGGAGUGUCCGUGCGAAUACUGAUCGUCUUCGCCAUGUCCGAGGCGAAGUACUGGUAUGCCGAAUCUAGGGUAGCGAAUGGUUGGGGCUUCUCCAAGACUGGCACCAUAUGGGGCUUCCCGCAGCGCAGCUGGAACAGCACGGGCCUACGCGGGCUCAUGGGGUACUCGUCAAGAACCGUGGCCCCCGAGAGGCAGAGCGCCUUCGCGCUGGACUGGAGCGCCGCGUUGGCCAUCUGCUGCUGGGGCGUGAGCGCCGAGUUCUGGCCGUUGAUGUUCAGAACCUGGUCGAUCGCUUCGCCUGCGCGCUUCAUGCCCUGGCUCCGCUUGUCAGCCUCGUCAUGGUCCAGCUGCAUGGCCUCGGCCUCGACGUUCAGCCUGGCAGCCAGCUCAGGGCUGACGUCUCCCGAUGGGGUGGCGGUGGCCAGCGAUGGCGCCCUCGGGUCGUCAUCGGCUGCGAUUGGGACUGCGGCCCCCACCUCGGCGCCCGUCUGGGAUUCCGCCGCCACCUGGGACGCCGUCUGGGCCUGCUGGGAGCUGGCCUGGGUUGCCUGGGCUGCCUGCCACUCGUCGCGUAGCUUUGCCGACAACUGA